ACUGCCAACCAACCGCAAUUAUGUUACAUAUGGACUAGAAAAUUACAAGCGGCGUAGGCACAGUGAUAAGUACAUCAUUGAUAUAAAUAUAUGGUAUGUAAGUAUUAAAAAAAGAACGUAUAAUUUUAGCGGAAAUCCCGAAACACGUCAAAUCUUACUUAAAGGAACUAGCCUCGUGGUUUUUUGUGGGUAGAGUUACAAACAUUUGUUUUUGGCGAGUUUUUAUGGAUGGCUGCCAUAUGAGAUAAGAAAUGUUGCAUUGGAGGUGCCUGUGCUUCGUUCUGGCCCAUCUAAGUCUAGUGUGGGGCUUUGAUCUUGUGCGUCUCACCAACCCAGAGGCAGACGGAAGCUACACUGUUGAAGUUCGUUAUGACCAGAAAUGGCGGACUCUGUGUGGCCACAAUUGGUAUCCAGCCAACGCACGUGUCGUCUGCAAACAAGUUGGCCAACCGUCAGGGAGAUGUGUAGCAGACUUUCGAACGAUUGACAAACAUGCUGGAGAGGACUUCGAAGGGAUUAAUCUGAAUUAUAAGUGCCUAGGAAACGAAACAGCUCUACAUAAAUGUCCCUCUGUAAUGCAAGAUUUGCUGUCUCUAAGCAGAGAUUGCAUGACUAAUGUCCGUCCUGCAGUCAUAUGUGGUUCUAGUUGUCCUUCGUGGCGUUAUGGGCCAGAUUGUCUCCCCUGUCGCUGUAAUAUUAACAACACGAUGAACUGCGACACAGACUCGGGAAAGUGCACGUGCAAAGCAGGGUAUUCUGGAGAUUUAUGCGACUGCGUGGCGGGAAAUCAUACGUGCAAUCUUACAACAUCGUACUGUCACGUGGACAGUGGGAACCCGGUUUGUCUCUGUAAGAAAGGAAUAAUAUCGUCCGCCCAGAAUCCAUGUGUUGAUUUUGGUUUGCGUUUUAUAAAUAAUAGAUCCGUAGCGGAGAGUGGGGAGGUAGAAUUCUAUAGGAAUGGCACAUGGAACCCUCUAUGUUUUGGAAGAACGUCCUCACAGAACAUUCUAGGCACACAAGACGUCAUUUGCAGACAGCUAAGUUUACCAACAACCCACGCUAAACUAUACCUUAAGAACUUCAUAAGUCGAUCGCAGUUGCCAGAAUAUGAGAUAUCCGAAGCGGUGUGUAGCGGAUCGGAAUCCUCGCUCACUGAGUGUAGGAUGUCCCUGGUACCCGCACUGAAAUGCAACAUGGCAUUAGGAAUCCACUGUUUUUCAGUGUGUCCAGAAUGGCAGUUUGGAAAGAGUUGCAAACCUUGUUCCUGUAACAAAACCAACUCUGUCAGCUGUGACCAUAUCACGGGGCAAUGUACCUGUAGAUCCGGGUUUUCUGGGGCAACCUGUGAUUGUUUGAAGGGAAACAACCCAUGCAACGAGACUAUAUCAGAGUGUCAUUUGCCGACGAUUACUAGUACACCAGUGUGUAUGUGCAAAACGGAAUACAUGAGGAAAAAUUACAGCUGCAUUGACCCAAUACGCUUGUCCAAUAAAACCGUCACAACUACAUCCAGUGGAACCAAACUAUAUGAAGGAAGAGUCGAGGUUUUUAUCAACGGGACCUGGGGAACUAUUUGUGAUGAUACCAUUUUUUCUGGAAACAAGCUUGCCAGAGUCCUUUGUAAUAGUUUAGGUUACCCAAGCAAUUACAGCAAGGAAGUGGGAAGUGCAUACUAUGGAGAAGGCAGUGGUCCUAUACAUUAUACAUAUCAGUAUUGUAUUGGAACUGAAACUUCGAUAUCUCAGUGCCUCUCUUCAACAUCUCUAUCGUGUGGUCAUCACGAAGACAUGGGGAUCAAAUGUGGCGCAGAAUGCCCGGACUUUUCCUUCGGAGAAGAAUGUAUUCAAUGUCAGUGUGUUCGUGCCAAUACCCGUUUUUGUAAUAAAACAACAGGGGAGUGCAUAUGCAAGAACAGUUAUGAAGGACAAACAUGUUCCUGUUUAAAAGGCAACCAUACCUGUAAUUUGCAAACGUCGAUAUGCGAAAGUGGAAAAUGUUUCUGCAAACAUGACAACAAGGCAGCCAAUUCCUCUUGUUUCGAAAGACUGAGAUUAGUCCAGAACAAUGGAACUAAAGUCCAGUAUUAUACAAACGGCAGUUGGAACUAUCUUUGUUACGACAAUUCUUGGGGAGCCUCCUAUCUCUGUCAAAGAUUGCAUCUUCCGACGUAUAUUGCAAAGCUUGAUUUUUCCCAUACGACACAACAAGGUUACGAGUUUAAAAUUGAUGAAAACUGUAGAUAUUCAAACGUCUCCAACGCUGACUGCCUGGUUGUUGCGGAAACGCCAACUUAUUGUAACAUGGGCUUAGCGAAUCUGCAAUGCCUUCAUGAAUGCCCAGACUGGACACACUUCAGUGGAUCAGAGUGUAUAGAAUGUUCUUGUAACAUGCAAAACACAAAAAGCUGUGACAAAAAGACUGGCAAAUGCCUGUGCAAAACAGGAUAUGAAGGUGAUCUUUGUAACUGUCCGCUGAACACCUGUAACUCGGCCGUUUCGUUUUGCCAAAAAACCAACAACGGUAUCACUUGUCUCUGCAAGCCUGGAUAUGAAAACCGCGGUUUUCCAUGUAAAGAUUCAUUGCGACUGAUACCAUGGCUGGCCUUUGGAGGUUAUAAGAGACUGGAGUUAAACGUUGAUGGUGUAUGGAUGAAUGUUAGCAGAAAGGAAUAUGACGAAUCUGCUGAUUUCGGAAUUUGUCAGCGAAUGGGAUUGCCAACGUUCAUUACCAAUUCGUCUGUGAUUCAAAUCCCUUCUGACUUGGAUAACAUUGGCUCGGUCUGUAUGACUAAAGCAUUUUCCUACUUGACUCUGAAUUAUACCGAAUGCCAAUUAAAAAACAUAGAAGACAGUCAAAUGCCCUUCUACUAUUCUCCAAGAUAUGGAUUACAAAUGGUUACAUGUCUUGAAGAUUGUCCCGACAUGAUGAUGUACAACAAAAGCAUCUCAAGCUGCGUGCCCUGUCGCUGUAACCCCAACAAUACAUUGUCCUGUAACCAGACCACGGGGGCGUGUAUCUGUAAGACGGGGUUUGAUGGACCAUCAUGUGACUGUGUGACGGCACAACACAGCUGUAACCACACGGUAUCUUACUGCUCAUUUCACGGGGCCACUCCCGUCUGUGUUUGUCGACCAGGAUUCUAUGGAAAACAAUUAGGCUGUUUUGAAAACUUGCGAUUUUUAAGAGACACGGGUGUUUUGGAGAUGUAUCACAACAACCAAUGGAUGCUAGUAUCUACUGGAUAUAGUUGGGCGGACAUCUACACGAAAAUUAUUUGUAGACAACUUGGAUUACCAACAUUUUACGUUGCUCAUGAAUCAAAGACUCGAUAUUCUACGGGCAUGCUGUACUCGGACUUUUCCUCAAAGUCAAGGAUAACAUCUGUUGAUUGUACAGGAAAUGAAGCAGAACUUUCACAGUGCGAUUUCAGCACUUCUUCCUACAUUUCAUCGUAUGCAAAGUUUCCAAUUAUUGAGUGCAGAUCUGAUUGCCCAAAGUUUCGCUUUGGACCCACAUGCGAGCUAUCCGACUGCAACCAGCAGAGGUCGUCUGACUGUAAUAAAACUACAGGACAAUGUUACUGUUUGCAAGGUUAUUCAGGUGAAACUUGCGAUUGUGAAGAUGGAGUUCAUUAUUGCAACUCUACGUUUGCUUUUUGUGGAGAACCAACAGCAACAUGUUACUGCAGGGAGCAAUACAAUAGACAAAACCUUACUUGCCAAGAUUCGCUUAAAUUUUAUCACAAUGAAACUGGAACCGAAGGACUUCUUCUACUCUACAGGAAUAGGACUUGGAACACGUUUUGUGAUGAUUUCUUCAGCUCUGUGGAUGCGAUUGUAGCUUGUAGACAGCUCCAUCUACCAUCGCGGUAUGUCACCUUAAGGGCAGUUUCAGACUCGCAACGUGUGGAUUCUUCAGUAGCUAUCAUCUACAACACAGAUUGUAACGGAACAGAAACCAGUUUAUCUGAAUGCAGACUAAGUAGUUAUGGCGGAUACUGUUCUCACAGUGAAGACAUUUACAUUCAAUGUUUCCCAAAUUGUCCAAACUUUACUUUUGGACCAAACUGUGAAAACCCUUGCACGUGUAACAAGACUACCAGUAUGUCGUGUGAUGAAGAUACCGGGCAGUGUUAUUGCAAAGCAGGGUUUUUCGGUGAACUAUGCUCCUGUAAAAACGGUGUGCAUACUUGUAACGAGACGAUAUCGUUCUGUGACACGAGUUAUAACGGGACGGCAAUCUGCCUGUGCAAGCCUGGCUACUCGGAGUCCGAAUACCAGAAAGAGGGAUGUUUAAAGGAGCAUUUCCGUCUAAAGAAAACAGAGUAUCCAGAUGAUGCUCUCGUUGCUCUGUAUCAGUCUGGGGUUUGGAUGGGAAUAUGUAUAGAUGGAAUUUCGGCAGAUACUGCUCGGGUUGUUUGUCGACAUUUCGGACUCCCUGAAGAUUAUGCGCAGCUCAGCAGAAAUACUGAAAGUGAUAAUACCUAUUCGAAAAAGUUUGAAAUAGUAUGCAAUGGAACAGAAAAAAGUCUUGAUGAUUGUUCACGCCAAACAACAAAUAAUUAUUGUUAUGGUGAAUCUGCAGUAUUUGUUUGUCCAAAAGACCGCCUCAUUAGAUUGGUGUCCAUACAAAAAACAACAUCAGGUUCCUCAGGCUUGGUGGAAAUUAAUUACAGAGGAACUUGGAAUAAUCUAUGUCCAUACAAUUUUGGGAUUGACGAAGCAAAGGUGGCUUGUCGUGAACUUGGUUUACCAACAAAGCACGUUUUAGAAACAACGACGAGUCAGUCACUAUCAGACGAGGUAUAUCCUUCUUAUCUUUCGUGUACCGGGAAUGAAGAAAAUCUAAGGGACUGCAGACAGAGAGGAAGUUGUAGCAUUUAUUACUUCCGGAGUUCAGUUGUUAAACUCACAUGUAAUUCCGCUUGUCCAUCUAUGAAAUUCGGUGAAAACUGCAACCGUGACUGUCCAUGUGACACCGAAUCUACAAGUUCCUGUGAUAUGAAUACGGGAGAAUGUGUGUGUAAACCUGGAUUCUCGGGGCAUACCUGCAACUGUGCUAGUGGUUCACAUAGCUGCAAUACGACCGUCUCUGAUUGUUAUUAUGAAUCGAACCAAAUACACUGUAUCUGUAAGGCGGGAUACACGAACUACGAACAUGGAUGCGAAGAUAACGUGCGAAUAGAUACUACAGAUUUAGUAGAAAUAUUUGAACAAAAGUGGAGAAAAGUAUGCAGUAGAACGAGUUGGAACCCCGGAAAUUCGUUGGUGGUGUGUCGUCAGCUUAACCUUAGCACAGAGGUAAUCUAUACAGAAUCGGUAUAUGACAGCGUACUUCAUUCAUCAACAUCAAUCACGUGCAAUGGAACCGAGAAGACCUGGCAGGAAUGCCAAGCACAAUUAUCCUCUUCGUCUUACUGCUCCUAUUCUCGCAAACUAUUAUGUGGAAAAUGUCCCGAUUGGAAAUAUUCAAAUGACUGUUCAAAAACCUGCCAGUGUGAUAAAAAGACAAGUAAAGGAUGCGAUCCAAUUACUGGAGACUGUUUGUGUCAUGACAAAUAUGGUGGAGCGGAUUGUUCUUGCCAUACAUCAAUGAUUUCUACCUGUAAAAGCCCAUAUUCCACUUGUGAAUAUGACAGAUGUAAAUGCAAUCAAGGGCUAUUUAAUGUUUCCACUUCUUGCUCAGACAUGGAUGACGUGACCUAUUUUUGUUCCUUCAAUGGUUAUAAUUGGAAAGAUUCAUGUGAUAUGGAAACUACUUCCCGUUUACAACGGCAUUCAGAAUCAAGGUAUUUCUACAGUUCUUGGAGACCACAGCCCGGAAGCGAUGAUACAGAGUAUGCAUACGUUGAUGAGAGGCCAUAUUAUUUUUCAUCGAGCGAAUUCUUCGCUUCACUCAAUUUUUCUUUAGGAAGUAAACAAAGCCAACUGUGUGUUUUCUUUGACUACAUCACAACAGGACGAGGUUCCAUCGUACUAUCCAUGAAAGAUACAUCAAUGAUAGAAUCAACCAUUGUCACUUUGUCUACAACAAAGACUGGCUGGACAAACAAACGAACAAAUAUAAAUUCAAGUCUACCAAUUGAGCAGAUAAUAUUUCGACUGGAAGAAAAAACAGCCAUUGACCAGAUUAUUAUUACGGACUCAAUGUGUGAUUGUGCAAAUUGGACAUUCGGCUCGAGUUGUGACGACUGCACUUGUGUACGGUUACACACCGAAUUCUGCGAUAAAAACAACGGAACAUGCCACUGUAAACAAGGCUAUAUUGGAGAAGCGUGUCAGUGUGAAGACAACGGGGAACCCUGUCCACACUAUAUUCGGUUGGUAAAUGGAAAUACUACAUCGAUGGGAAGAAUUGAAGUUGUCACAAAUGGUGUCUGGUCAACUAUCUGUGACAGUAAUUGGGACCAUGAUGAUGCUACUGUCGUCUGCAAGCAACUUAGACUUGGAAAGUAUGGUAUUGCUGUCUCAGAUGCUGAAUUUGGAAGAGGUGUCGGUCCAAACUACAUAAGUAAAGUUAAUUGCGUAGGAGAUGAAACAGAUUUACUCACUUGCCCUUUUGAAAAGUUAUCGUGUAGUCAUGAAAACGAUGCAGGGGUUAUAUGUGUCAACAAAUCAAGUAACAUUCGAUUGGUAGACGGUUCAGACGAAACAGAGGGUCGAUUGGAAGUGAAGUUAAAUGGACGUGGAUCAUGGGGCACAGUUUGUGAUGAUGGAUUUGAUGAAAGCGAUGCAAAAGUCGCUUGUAAAGAGCUUGGAUUACCCACAAGAGAAAUUGCAGUGAAAGCCCGCGCUUAUUUCGGACGAGGAAGUGGACCGAUUCUUAUGAGUAACCUUAGAUGUAGUGGAACUGAAAUGUCAAUACAUAUAUGUAGUAAAACAGAACAUCCGGGUGGUUGCAGUCAUUCUGAGGAUGUGGGCAUUGUUUGUUCAAACGAAUGUUCGUCUUUCAAAUUUGGAGACCAGUGUGAAAGAAGUUGUGUUUGCGAUCAAAGUAAGUCUUUGUCAUGCGAUAAGGACACAGGAGACUGCAUAUGCAGGACUGGAUGGACAGGUGUAAGGUGCACGUGUGGGAGAGGAACUGAAUGUGGAGAAAACUCUUAUUGUGAUGGUGACGACUGUUUGUGUAUUGACGGGUUCUUCACGACAGCCUCCAACUGCUCUGAUGAAGAAUUCGUUUUGUUCUCCUGUUCAUUUGAAACCGACAUUGACACCUGUUCUAUAAAUAAUUAUGGUGCCAUGAAAUGGAAAAGAGAUAGUAGGGGUACACCAAGUGAUGAUACAGGGCCAUAUACAGCCAAAGAAGGUAUCCACUAUGUAUAUACAGAAGCCACAAGCCAGUCGGAAGGGGAUGAAGGCGUGAUGGAAAUAUCUCUUACAAGCCUAAAUCUGACAACACACACCUGCUUUCAAUUCUAUUUUCACAUGAGAGGAAGAGAUAUGGGAGACUUAAAUGUCAUUAUUGAAGAAAAACCUGGAUCAGAAAUCGUUCGAUGGUCAAAAACAGGACAUAUAAACUCAAACUGGAAUCGAGGUUACAUAUCACUUCCGCCUGAUUCUCAAAAGAUAAAAAUAAUAGGAACGAGGGGUGACGGUUAUCGAUCGGACAUCGCUAUGGAUGAUUUCAAAAUUUUCCAAGAACAUUGCAGUUGUGAACCAUGGAAAUAUGGACUAUUAUGCGAAAAAUCAUGUGACUGCAAAAGAGUAAGUUCUGAGAGCUGUGAUAGUAAAAGUGGAUCAUGUGUAUGCCAACCAGGCUGGAGUGGAAAAACAUGUAACUGUCGAAUGUUGCUAGACAAUUGUCAUUCAGCGUACUCCUACUGUCAUGGUGAUCGGUGUUUGUGUAAAGAUGGAAUUUAUAGUAAUGGUGUUACCUGUUCAGGAUUAAAUGACAUCACAUAUCAUUGUGGCUUCGAUAUGGAAGACAGUUUAGAACAAUGUAAUAUAGAACUAGGACCGAUGUAUUGGGAAAUCAAAGAGGAUUCCGAUGAAUCCUUAGACGACGGAUACCAUCUUGAUAACAACCGCUUUCUGAUGACCAAAGUCUCGAUCUUUUCUCCUGAAAGUUUCUUUUUGUUUUCCAUCAACAAUAUCAGCGUAGACCGAGAGAGUUGUCUACAGGCGAAAUACUUUAUCAACUAUGAAAAAGAGCAAAUGUUAAGAAUUCAGGUAGUAAAAGACAACAACCUUCUGAAUAACAUAUUGUUCCAAGGGAAGGGGUGGUCAACAGCACGUGUUCCUCUGAACGCUUCGUCCAAUAUGAAGAUUUAUUUCAUUGGAUAUUCGAGCAGGAGUUCUCCUAUUAUGAUAGACGACAUUAUCAUCACGGCUAAAUCUUGUGUUGGCUGCAGUCCAUGGUACUACGGAGCAAAUUGUGAAAAAAUGGCAGAGUGUAAUCGUGACAACACGGUUUCGUUUGGUGACAGAGGAGAGUGUCACUGCAAGACAAAUUGGUUUGGGGACAGGUGCAGCUGUUCCAAAAUAGAAAACGACACUUGUUUUAGAGAUGGAGAGAUAUGCAGGAACGGACAAUGUACAUGUAAAGACGGUUACACCAGAGCUGGAACAGGUUGCAGAGAUAUUGAUGAAUGUAAAUUUCUCUGCAAAAGUCAAGCACAGGAGUGUACAAAUACUGAUGGAUCGUAUACAUGCGUGUGUAAAAAUGGCGCUCUUGGAGAUGGAAACAUAUGUUCAGAUUCGGAUCUUGCUCUCAUUAAUGGAACAUCGCCACAAGAAGGUACUCUUGUAAUUUGGAAACAAGGUGCUUGGGGAGCGCUCUGUAUGGACUUUGAUUUGUUCACUGGCAUCACAGCUUGCAAUACCAUGUUUAAAGACAUAUUCGGUGUAUAUAUCACAAAAAGAGGAAAUUACCGCUCUACCAAUGGAGUUGCCUACACUUCUCCAAAAUGUAACCGUAGAGGGACUUUUGACUUUGAAAAUUGCGAUGUUACUUUUGAACCUUGUGAUACGGAAAAAGAUGCAUUAUAUUUAAAUUGUGGAGUAUGCGGUGGAAAGUACACUUCCGAGUUUGGACUCGUUGAGCCGCCUCCACAACUACCUGGAAACACACUAUGUUCCUUUUUGUUGUCACCAACCGAUGCCAAAACUAUUAACGCCACAUUUAUCACAUUUUCAUUUGGUUCAACGGGUGAAAGUCGAUCCAAACGAUUUUACAAAUCAUGUCAAGACACCGACACUUAUAUUGAGAUUUUCGAUGGUUCAAAUACAGACGCACCUUUCCUGGGAAGAUUCUGUAACAACAGAGGACGUUUUACGAUUACUUCCGCUGGAAGUUCAUUAUAUUUUCUAUAUCGAACGUCUCGAAAUACAUCAGAACACGACUUUCAGAUUAUCUAUGAGACCGAAAAAGCUUUGAGAGAUCCCCGCAUACUCGGAGAACAAUGUGUUACUGACAUCCAAUGUAUAGCCAACAAUGCAUCAUGUGUGGACAGUAUGUGUAAUUGUGAAAUCGACUUCUAUAAAUGGGAUGAAGCAACGUGCGCUAAAAAGAAAGCUUGGAACUCCGCCUGUUAUGAAAGCAAAGAAUGUAAAACAGAAUUCUGCGAUGCCGUGGAUAAACUGUGUCUGUGUCCACCAAAUACAAUCAUUGAUGAAAAUUACAAUUACUGUCUGGACAAUACCGAUAAAACAGAAUUUCGAACAUCUUCGCCAAAGUAUUGGAUGAUUCCUUUCCUCCUCUUUGUUUUCUUGAUAAUCGCACUCCUUAUAGCGGCCACAGUAAUUCUUGCCAGAAGAAAAGGAUAUUGUCUAAUGCGUCGAGAUCAGAACGCUGCCUAUACUUAUUCUGAGCUGAUGUCAACAUCUAAUCCUCUCUAUGGAAUGUCGACUGAUGACAAAAGUUCACACCGGGGUUCCGUUAUAUCGAUUAAUGUCUCUGGAUGUGAUGGACGCCAUAGAAUUCGUCUCAGUAAUUUUUUAAAUACAUAUCAAGAGAUGUGCGAUGAUAUGAAUUGGCCAGAGGACGACUUUCAGAAAAUCCUGCAAUCUUGUCCAGCAAAGCCAACAGAUAUUGGAUCUUCUUCAAAAAACAGAUACAAAAACAGGAAUAAAGCCAUUUUACCAUAUGAUUUCAAUAGACUGAGAGAAUCAGGAUCAACCAGUGUUGAUGAUUAUAUCAACGCAAGUGUUAUAGAGGGUCUACACAGUCAUUAUCCAUACUACAUCGUAACACAGUAUCCACUGAUAACCACUCAAAACGAUUUUUGGAGGAUGGUUUGGAAACAAAGAGUCUCUUCUAUUAUAAAUCUAGUAUCAAAUACCGAGAAGGAAGUGUAUUUCCCAACAAAAACGGGUCUUUGCAAGACAUAUGGAAAGAUCAAGGUUCAAGUUCUUUCAUCGUUGACAGUUAAUAGAUGUACAUUUCGGUGCAUGAAAAUUACAAAGGGAUCCAUGAGUCAUACGGUGAACCAUUUUCAAGCUUCUUUUCUAUCCGAAUUCACAACUAAUGAAUGCCAAGAUUUAAUUAAUCUCAUCACACUUGUUCAUUCCAAUGCUGAGGGUGGAAAUGACAGCAGACCUUUUGUUAUUCACUGUCUAAAUGGAAGUGGGAAAUCUGGCGUCUUUGUUGCAAUGGACUACCUUAUCCAACUUAUCAAGAAUGGGGACACUCACGUGGAUAUUUUCAGCCUAGUCCACACCCUUAUUUCCAAUCGAGAAAAAUUAAUAGAAAACGAAACCCAGUACAAAUUUUUAUUUGAGUGUGUUGGAUAUUAUCUGGAGCAAGGGAAAACUAAUCCCUCACAUAAAUUGACUGAGGAAAUAACUUCGGAGGAUGAGGAUACUGGACUGAUAGAAAUAUCACCGACAGAAACGAAAACUCAUUUCGCGAACAAGUUUUAAAAGAAAACCAUUCAUGAGAAGUUUCAAAUACAAAAAACGAAGCAGAAGACAAAAUCCAAAAAGAAGUUUAUUCUAUAAAACACUUUGAGUGUGAAUUCCUGUUUAAUGUUGUGUUGUUUAAUAUACUUAGUUUCUUUGCUGUUAUUCUACCUACUAGCUUUAUAGCAUUGAGAAGUUUUUUAAAA